UAUACAUAUCUCAAGAUCCAGACACAUCUCACACAGGCUGUCGUCCACUCAAAGGAGGGUUUCUAUUUCAGAGCUGAUUUUUCCAAUAAAAAUAUCAAAAGCCAAAGCAACAGACUUGGACCGGGGGGUGCUCUAUCUUUCUCGUUUUUGUUUUGUUUUUUUCUACAUCUGAGAGUUGGAGUGAAGGAGCUGUCAUGGAUCCAAUCGUGGAGGUGGUGGCUUUGAUCCUAGGGUUCGUCGGAUGGGUGAUGGUUGGGGUCGCGCUGCCCAACCGCUACUGGAAGUCGUCCACCGUGGACGGCAACGUCAUCACAACCUCCACCAUCUACGAAAACCUGUGGAUGUCCUGCGCCACGGAUUCAACUGGGGUCCACAACUGCAGGGAGUUCCCGUCGCUGCUUGCUUUGAGUGGCUACAUCCAGGCUUCGCGUGCCCUGAUGAUUGCAUCCGUGGUGUUGGGCAGCUUUGGCCUGGUGGGGGCCCUGAUAGGAAUCCAGUGCUCAAAAGCCGGGGGAGAAAACUACAUUCUCAAAGGGAGGAUUGCAGGCACCGCUGGGGUGCUCUUUAUCCUGCAAGGUCUUUGCACCAUGGUCUCCGUGUCAUGGUACGCCUUCAACAUCACCCAGGACUUCUUUGACCCCUACUACCCGGGGAUCAGGUACGAAAUAGGAGAAGGACUUUACAUCGGCUGGUGCUCGGCCGUGCUCGCCAUCGCCGGGGGAGUCUGCCUCACGUGCUCCUGCCAAAUAGGCAGGGAGGAGAAAUACCCGUUGGCUUAUCAAAGCAGGGGAACGGCGUACUCUGGAGCUGCACCCAGCAGAAGCGCCGCAGCCAGCACUUAUGGACGAAACGCUUACGUCUGAGCUGGAAUUUUUUUUGUUUUUUACCACCUCAGUUUUUAUUCAUGUAAAUAAAUCCUUCUUUGUUUUCGCUGCCGUUUUUGUCCGUGGCCGUGGACGCGCUGAUGGUGGGAAGCAACUGAGCAUCUCUGUAAUGUAUAUAGUUCCAAUCUCUGAGGAGUUUCCUGUAUAAAUGUCCUCACCGUUGAUCUGAUUGAUACUGUAAACACUGUACAAAGCUAUUCUACUUUUCACUGUGCCACCACAGACAGUGUCCUUUCAGUAGUUCUGUUCACAUUUCACUGAUGAAAUCAACGUCAAUCAACAUAAAGACGGAAACGCCAAAUCUCACUCUGAUCUUCUAUAAUAAGGACAGGUCAAAAGAGAGAAGAUCAAGAUUUUAUUUGUGUUGUUUUUGUACAGUUUUGUAAAGUACCCUCAAGAGAGAAGACGGGGAACAGAUUACUUUUUGUUUCAACU